AUGUCGCAGGGCCAGAACUUCCUCCCCAAGUUCCUGUUCGUGUCCAAUCUGUUGAAAGCGGUGAAGAUCCGCCAGCGAGUGCCCAACGAUGUGGUGAAGCCGGCGGCCAGCGGCGGCCUGAUGCACCACCUGCGCGGCAUGCACCGCUACACGCUGGAAAUGAUCGCGAUGAACCAUUUCCCACAGGCCUUCCGGGAGGUGGUGCAGGCCGCCAUCUUGGACCGGGUUAUGCAGGCCUCACUGGAGCAGGAGAAGAAGCUCAACUGGUGUCGGGAGGUGAAAAAGAUGGUUCCCUUACGGACCAACGGAGAUGGCAACUGUUUGCUGCACGCUGCCUCCCAGUACAUGCUUGGGGUCCAGGACACCGACUUGGUCCUCCGGAAAGCCCUCCAUGGAGUUUUGAAAGAGACGGACACAGGCGUCUUUCGGGCACGGUUUCAGGCGGAACUUCUGCACUCCCAGGAGUUCACCCAGACGGGCCUCCGCUACACCACAAUGAACUGGGAGGACGAAUGGGAAAAAAUUGUAAAGAUGGCGUCUCCAGUCUCUAGUAGCAACGGCCUUCAGUUUGACUCACUGGAGGACAUUCACAUCUUCGUCCUGUCGAACAUUCUUCGAAGACCCAUCAUCGUCAUUGCAGACCAGGUGCUGAGGAGUAUGAAAUCUGGAUCAACCAUCUCCCCCCUCAAUGUGGGCGGUAUUUAUCUCCCGCUGCACUGGCCGCCGGCCGAAUGCUACAAGUACCCCAUCGUGCUGGGCUACGACUCACAGCACUUUGCGCCCCUCAUCACCAUCAAAGACAGCGGCCCUGAGAUUCGAGCUGUGCCACUGAUCAAUCCUGGAAGAGGAGGUUUUGAAGAGCUGAAAGUGCACUUCCUGAUUGAGAAGGAGCAGCAGCUGAAGGAGAGGCUCCUCAAAGACUACCUAUUGCUCAUCGAGAUCCCUGUCAUCGGUUUGGGAUACGAUGCCACACGCAUUAUCAACGCCGCACGGCUGGACGAGGGCAACCUGCCCGAAGACAUGAACCUGAUGGAGGACUACUUGCAGCUUGUCAACCACGAGUACCAGCGCUGGCAGGAGGACAAAGAGCAGGCAUGGGCAGCCCAGCCCCAGCGGCCUCCACCCUUUUCCGUCUCGCAGCUUUCGCUCAUCGAGAUCCGCUGCGCCACGCCACGCUGUACAUUUUACGUGUCAGUGGACACGCAGCCACACUGCCACGAGUGCUUCGAGAAACGCCAGGCCACGACCGGUACCAGAAUAGAAGGCCUGGUGCACACCAAAGGCGGCGGCUCGGACAGCAGCGAGGGGAGUUCCAGAGGGGGACGGAGCAGCAGCCCGCCGUCCUCCUCGUCCAGCCGGCUGGUGGUGCUCUCCAGCCCGCGCUCGGCCCCGCCGCCCACUGCGCCCAGCCUCAGCUUGUAUAGCGAAACGCACGCCAUGAAGUGCAAGACCCCCGGCUGCCUCUUCACCCUCAGCGUGGAGCACGAUGGACUCUGUGAGCGCUGCUUUAACGGCAGGCAGACUCAGGCACCGCCCGGAGCCGGCACAGGCCCGGACGCCAUAGCCUCUCACACGGUUGCGGCCCAGGGUCCCGGGUGGAACCAGUGGGGGACCCGUGGGGUGGAGACGGAGCGCUGCAGCAUGUGCAGGCAGGAAGCUUUUAGGACAUUCAACGGGCUGUGUCCACCCUGCAUGCAAAGACAGCAGGUUCUGGAAGGGGGGGAGUCGCAGCCCGUCAAGCCAAGGACCGAGGCCUCAUCUUCGGCUUGGAGCCAGCCAAGGGACCCCGAGCGGCCUUGCCUCACUCUGACGCCGGGACAUGCCUCCGCCUGGCAGACCCCCCUCGCCAGGCCCUGUAAAAGAUCAGGUUGCCAGUUCUUUGGGACGCCGGAGAAGUUGGGUUUCUGCACUAUCUGCUACGUAGACUAUCAGACCAACCACCACCUGACACCACCUCCCCCAGCCCCGCCUCAGAGCAGGCACGCCGUGGAAGCCGGCUUCCAAAACGCCACACGGUGUCGCGGGCCAGGGUGCGGCGCGGUGGGCAAGGCUAUGCUGGAGGGCUACUGCGACAAAUGUUACGUCAAAGAGCAAAGCGCACGACUCAACCAGGUCACGCACCGCACGCCACACUCCCCUCCUCCUGUUAUGCGCGACCGAGCCACCAAACCCAGAUCCACACAGCAGUCACAGACACAAACGCAGACGCAGUGCCGGCGGAGCGGCUGCAGCAACGUGUCUCCGGGCUGCACGGAUCUCUGCCCUGAGUGCCACACGCGGGGCCAGGGUCGGGACCCGGGCCGGCGGGCGCAGGCGCCCAAGGAGAAAUCUAAGCAGCGGUGCCGGACGCAGGGCUGCGACCACUACGCAAACCAGGAGAAACAGGGCUACUGCAACGAGUGUGACCACUUCAAACAAAUCUACCGCGGCUGA